AUGUUGGGUAGCGAUUACUAUGGGAUGUCGGCCACGGCUCAAAUGCUUGCUGGGCUGAGCGUUCUCGCUAUGUGCCUGUGCACAGGGUAUGUUAUCCCAGAAGAGUCCAUGAUCUGGGCACUCCGCUGGAUGACUUUCAUCAACCCUUUCAAAUACGGCUUCGAAAGCCUCAUGGCGAACGAGUUCAAAGACCUCAACGGGACGUGCGCCAGCAUCAUCCCUCACGGACCCACAUACACGAAUAUAAGCAUUGCGAACCAGGUCUGCGCCGUUGUCGGCGCUAUACCCGGUGAGACGCACGUCCAAGGGGCACGGUUUAUCAAGCUGUCACUUGGGUAUACUUACAGCCAUCUAUGGAGGAACUUUGGGAUAGUCAUUGCAUUUGGCCUGGCGUUCCUUGCCGCCCUUUUCAUUUUCACCGAAAUCAAUACCAAAUUCACUGGAGUAGCGACGAUGAUUUUAUACAAACAAGGCGGAAAUUCAGAGGAUGAGUCCAAACAACAUGAUUCCGAUAGUGUCGAGAUGAUGAUCAUCGAAGACAAGGUAUCAAAAGGCAUAAAAGACAAUGUGGUAUCAUCUGUAUCUGGGUCAAGUAUCGCUGAAGAGUAUAGAAAGGACACCAGAGAAUCCAGCGAUGGGAUAUUCUCUUUCACUGGUGUGUCGUAUACUAUCCAAGCCGAUGGAAAGGAUCGCAAGCUCCUGCAAGAUAUUUCUGGAUACAUCUCGCCAGGCUCUCUUACAGCGUUGAUGGGAGAAUCAGGUGCUGGGAAGACUACUUUGUUGAAUGUCCUUGCCAAUAGGGUGGAUGUCGGCGUCGUAUCCGAUAGAGAGAAAGCGGAAUAUGUCGACAAAUGUCUUCACAUGUGUGGUUUAUGGAAUUACAGGGACGCCAUUGUUGGAACUCUCGGUGUCGAGCUUCGGAAGCGAACCACAGUCGGGGUCGAGUUAGCUGCCAAGCCUAAGUUCCUUUUAUUCCUGGACGAACCUACGUCGGGUUUGGAUUCUCAAACUGCAUGGAGCAUUGUCACGUUUCUACGGAGUUUGGCUGAUCAAGGCCAGGCAAUUCUGUGCACGAUUCAUCAGCCUUCCGCUGAGCUUUUCCACGUCUUUGACAAAUUACUCUUGCUCAAGAAAGGAGGACAGACUGUGUACUUCGGCGAUCUCGGACAUAAUGCUACCACUCUCCUAGCUUAUUUUGAGCAAAAUGGUGCACGUCCUUGUGGAACUGAUGAAAACCCCGCCGAAUAUAUGCUUGAUGUUAUUGGUGCUGGCGCUACUGCCUCAAGCGACAUCGACUGGUAUGACGUAUGGAAAAAGUCCAUCGAGAAACAGGCACUCGACCAGAAACUCCAACGCAUACACUCCGAGGGAAUUCGUGCACCCAUAAACACAACAACUCUAGUGUCCGAAUAUCCAACGUCCUGGUCAAACCAGUUCUUUGAACUGUUCAAGCGAGGCGCCUCUGAUCAUUAUCGCAAUGUGGAAUACCUCAUGGCCAAAAUAUCUCUCAACAUAAUUGCUGGGUUGUUUCUAGGGUUCACCUUCUUCAAAAAGCAGAGCAGCAUACAGGGAACACAGAACAGGAUCUUCGUACCUUACAUCGCAACUCGCCAGGUCUAUGAAAUCAGAGAACGUCCCAGCAGAAUGUACAGCUGGACAGCUCUCCUGACAUCCCAAAUCAUCGUGGAGAUGCUCUAG